UAAAUACUCUUGUUUCAGUUUCCUUUGUUCCUCUAAAUAUAUAACUAAUAUUUCUGCAUUUCUACAACUCGGAAACAUGGCAAACGCAGCACAACAUUCCAUUGUGUGAUCAAUAAUAACUAUAUCUGAUUAUACAGCUGCGAUGACGGUGCGCUCUUCUUGACUCUUCCAACGACCAGGAGCUUAUUAUUUCCAACCCAAACUGGGUUAAUCUUCAUUAAUCCCAAUGCUGUAACUAUUGUAUAUAGUCCUAUAUAUAUAUAUAUUCCCAGGUUUAUGUGUAUAAAUAAAUAACUACUGCUACGAAGAUGAUCUCCGCCACCAGCGCCUUGAUCAUUUCUCAACGGUUUUUUCUUUCUUUUUCUAUUUCUCCCACAAAUUAUCCUUGUCUUGUGCCGACCAAGGAAUGGCGGAACAAGGAUAGCCAGAAAAAAAAAAGGGACGGUUAGACAAAGCGAGCAGCGUUUGAGAUCCCCUCCUACUCAUCCAUCUUUUUUUUCUCUCCAGGCUGUCGCAGCAUAGAAGCCCAGUGUUGCAAAGCGCGAAAUUACCUGGUCCCGGUGUCCCUAGCUCAGCAAGCCCUGUGGUAUAGGCUGAUAAUAUGUACUCCUGCUCUCUAUUUUCCUCGUUUGUGUGUGUGUGUGUGUGUGUUAUGCAUCUAUUUUCCUUUCUUCUCGCUGGCUGGUGGUUGGCCAAAGGGUGAAGGAUGAAGCCGGGUUUCCAUAUGAGCAACGGGCCCAAGAGCCGUUGUUGUUGUUGUUAUUGUUAUUGUUCUGCUCGGAGAGGAAUCUCCUAGAAUUUCCCACUUCAAUAGAUGUCGUUUGUGUUAUUCGUCGGACACAUUGUGCGCGUGUUGUGUUGUGUGUCUCAUAUCAUUCCCACAAAUCCACCGAAGGGAUUUCUGUCCGCGGUUUUUAUAAACGCAAUCUCUUUUUGAUAUCUUAAAUAAUACCGAUAUACCCGCUCAUCGAGUCAAAGAAGUGCAUAUUAUUCAAAAAAAAUAUUGCAGGGAGCUCUACUCACAACCAGUCUCAUAUUACUGAAUCCUUACUCUCAUAUCAAACACUCCCUAGCACAUCAAACCACCCCAACCGUGUCAACCCAAGCGAUGUCGAAACCAACCAUCCUCCUGGUCCACGGCGGCUGGCAAUCCCCCGCCGUCUGGACCUUCGUGACGCCUCUGCUCGAGAAGGCCGGCUACUCCGUCUACCCAGUGGCCCUCAAGUCGCCUGGUAUGGUGCCCGCCGCGCCCGACUUCUCCUGCGACGUGGAUGCCAUCCAGAGCGGCAUCGAGGCCGUGCUGGACUGUGGAAAGGAUGUGGUUGUGGUGAUGCACUCGUACGCGGCUGUGGCGGGGUGCGAGGCGUUGAAGGCGUUUCAUGGGGAGAUGAAGGGCUAUUCUCAGGAUGGUGAAGAGGUUGGAGGAAAGGGGAUGGAUGGAGAUGGCGAGAAGGAGAGAGAAGAGGAGGUUUCCAGUGCUGUGAAGAAGGAGACAGAUGCAAAGGCGAUGUGUGCUGGAGAUGAUACAGGACUAGCUCAAUACAUCCCUCGCCGCGGCCGAAUUGUGCAUCUGGCAUUCAUUGUUGGCAUGGUUCUGCCUGUUGGAAAAGGCCUGUGGACACCAGAGCGCACAGAGCUAAAGGGUUUUGAGCUGAAGAACGAACAAAUCCGCAUCCUCGACGGCCCUGCCCGCUUCUACAACGACCUGCCUCCCCUCGCCCAGCACUACUGGUCCUCAAAGCUGAAACUCCAACCACUCCCCGUCUUCUUCUCCCCGCUCACCUACCCCGCCUACCGCCACUACCCCUGCUCCUAUCUGAUGAGCAAACACGACGGCGCCGUCCCCUUCAAGGUGCAGACGCGCAUGGCCUUUGGUGCAGGGAUUGCGCGGGACCGUAUCGAGGUGCUGGAGGACGCCGGCCAUUCGCCCAUGAUUAGUCGGCCGGGGAAGGUGGCGGGGUUUAUUCUCAGGGCUGCGGGGGAGGGAGUUGGGGUUGGGCGGAGUCGGUUGUGAGUAGGUCGACUGGGAUAGAGUGAUAUGGUGGGGUAUGAGGAUGUGGAUGGAUGGGUUAUGUUGUAUAUGGGAAAUGGGAUGGGGUUAUUGAAUGGAACAGACUUUUUUAUUUUGUUUUUGUCUUUACAAAAGAAUAACUCACGUAGAUAGAUGGAUUAGAAACACACAAAGAGUCAGUUGUUAACGGAACUGGAAGUGGGAAUGGAAUUGUAUUCGGGGUUACUACUGGCCUGUAAAUUGGUAUGUUCUUUUCUGUCAAUAUCACUCCUCUGCGUCCAUAUCUAGUAAUGCAUUUAGGAUUAAGUGUUGCUACAGGGUUGACAUCUCGCGCAUGCACCACACUUAAAAAUAUGCGAAAGAAAGAACAGACAUCUCAAAUGGAGAACCAAAGAAGUAAACAGAUGUUAAGAUUAAGU